AUGUCCAAAGCCGAAUCUUCCAAAGCAGCUGCCAGCAAUGGUGUCAAACCAAAUCCCAACGCUGCUGGUGGUGCUAACUAUGAACUGCCAUGGGUAGAGAAAUACCGUCCCGUCUACCUCGAUGAUGUUGUCGGCAACACUGAAACCAUUGAACGCCUCAAGAUCAUUGCCAAAGACGGUAACAUGCCACAUAUGAUCAUCUCUGGCAUGCCUGGUAUCGGCAAAACCACGUCCAUCCUCUGUCUCGCACGCCAGCUCCUCGGUGACGCCUACAAAGAGGCUGUUCUCGAACUCAACGCCUCUGACGAGCGUGGUAUCGACGUCGUACGCAACAGGAUAAAGGGCUUCGCGCAGAAGAAAGUCACACUUGCACCAGGCAGGCAAAAGCUCGUCAUUCUGGACGAGGCGGAUAGCAUGACCAGCGGUGCGCAGCAAGCCCUGAGGAGGACAAUGGAGAUCUACAGUGCAACAACACGGUUUGCAUUCGCUUGCAACCAGUCGAACAAGAUCAUUGAGCCGCUGCAGUCGAGAUGUGCCAUACUCAGAUACGCUCGCCUUACCGAUGCGCAAGUCGUGCGCCGCGUUAUGCAGAUCUGCGAGGCCGAGGACGUAAAGUAUUCAGACGAUGGGAUUGCGGCACUCGUCUUCUCCGCUGAGGGAGAUAUGCGACAAGCUAUCAACAACCUACAGUCGACAUUCGCUGGUUUCGGCUUUGUAAACGGCGACAAUGUCUUCAGAGUGGUCGACAGCCCGCAUCCCAUCAAAGUGCAAGCCAUGAUCAAGGCGUGCCACGAGCAGCGCAUCGAUGAUGCCUUGGCGUCGUUGAAAGAGCUCUGGGAUUUAGGAUAUUCAUGCCACGAUAUUAUCAGCACAAUGUUCAAAGUUACUAAGACCAUUGAUACGCUGAGUGAGCACGCGAAGUUGGAGUUCAUCAAGGAAAUUGGCUUCACCCACAUGCGCAUCCUUGAAGGCGUGCAAACACUUCUACAGCUAUCCGGCUGCGUUGCGCGCUUGUGCAAGAUCAACAUGCAGCCGCAAUUGUUCGCCCUCCCCACGACGUCGAAGUAA